UAUUAUUUUUAAAUAAAAAUAUAGAUUUGAAAAACGAAAGCGAAAUGCUUUCUCCCCAGGAAAUGUUAUAAGAGCACACAAUGUUACCUAGCAACGCCGGACGCGCUUGUGAAUGGACUAAAACAUGGCAAAAUUUGUUCUUGCAGGAAAAGCAGAUUGUCCUCAUUACGCAAAAGCUGAGCUUCUUGCUGAUGUGCUGCAAAGAAACCUGCCAGAUUUCCACAUUCACAAGAUCUGUGUUCACCCCAGUGAAUGGAAGAUAUGGCUGGAGGACACCUGCGCAUCAAAUGGAUGGACACAUUCAAGCUCUCCUAUAGUAUGGAGGGAGCUGAUUGAUCGUGGGGGUAAAGGAAUGCUGAUCGGAGGCUUCAGUGAUUUCCUUGAGCAUGCUCAGGGUUACUAUGGCAUCACCUCAGAUAUGAACUCUGAUCUGAUGCUAAAAAUUGCAGUAGAGAAUCACCAAACUAAAGAGCUGUGUAUGAAGGAGGAAGUCCACCGACACGUGUCUCUCAGACCUCUGCACAUCUGGAUCAGCAGUGCUCUGAACCCCAUCUGCUACAGCCUCAUCCCUCAGUUGUUCACCCCAGGACUGUUUCCAGGUCUCCCCCUUUUCAGCCUUCACCUCAUGGACACCUGCGGCUCUGAGGAAAUGUUACGAGGACUCAAGAUGGAAACGGAAGACCUCGCCCUACCUCAGCUCCAUGAGGUCACUGUCCAUUCAGACCAGACACAGGCGUUUCAGGAAGCCCACUUCAUCAUCUUUCUGGAUGACCUGCAGCCUAUAUGUGAAAGUAACGAUGAGCCGGAUGACAAGGACCACAUGGUGAGCCGGGUUGCAGAAUGUUUCUGUUGCUAUGGGCAACUCAUCGAGGCGAAUGCACGGAAAGACGUACGAGUGAUCGUGGCGGGAGACUCCUUUAUUAAUCUGAAGUGCUCGCUGUUAAUUGAGAACGCACCCUCUGUUGACCCGCACAACUUUGUGGCGAUGACAACGCAGCUGGAAUGCGAGGCAAGAACUCAGCUUGCGCAGAAGUUGUCGGUAAAAACAGCAGACAUGACUAAUGUUAUUGUAUGGGGAAACAUCAGUGGCAGUUACCAUAUUGACCUGCAGAGGGCGAAGGUUUUCAGAUAUGAUGGCGCAAUUUGGGGACCAGAUGGUUUUUCUCAGCGAGUCAUGGAAAUGAUUUAUGAUUGGAAAUGGCUGGAGACAGAUUUUAUGACUUUAGUACAUAAACAUCGUGCCACAAUUUCGUCAAUGACCAACAAAGCCACAGCAAUAUCAUCAACCAAUGGAAUAAUGAGCAUUUUAAGGGCCUGGAAUAAUGAAUCUUCUCCAGAGGAAGUUUUCUCAUUGGGUGUACUUAGUACAGGGCAGUUUGGGAUUCCAGCAGGUUUGGUGUUUUCUAUGCCUGUGAGCUUCAGGAAUGGUCUCUGGUCAGUGCGGUCAGACAUUACUGUUACAGAUGAGUUGAGGGUAAAACUUGAUGCUUGUGCUGAUGAACUUAAAAUGGAGAGAGACAUUGCUGCUAGAAUACUGAAGAAAGAUGAAUGACGGCUCCCCAAAUGCAGACUUCAGUGACAUGACACAUCAUUAUUCUAAUAAGGAUUACUAUUUGUUAAGCUAUAUUUGCAUAAUCACAAUCUCAAUGCUUUAAAUGACAAGUGUGAUGAAACUGGCCCAUAAAAAUGUUCAGCUCAAUUCUUGAGAGACUCUUGUUGUUGAUAGUGCUAAUUACUAUUCAAGUCAUGCAAUUUCACCCAAAAAUGUGGGAAAUGUGGGAAUUUUAGAUGGAGGACCAUACUUUUUGUUUCAGGUUCUCACUCUUUUUCUAGUAAACACAAAUGUGAAUCAAUACCAGAAAAACUUUGUGCUUAAUCAAUAUGUUAAUAUGUUAUUCAGUCAUAGUUACCAUUUAUUGUUAUGCUAUUAUUUCCUUAAUCAAACUUUGAAAACUAAUUUUCCCCAUAGGUGGCCUCAACAAACUUCCAAAGGGGCUGGAGGAUGUCCUAAAAGUAUUUAAAUUAAUAAAGUAUUAUUACCUUA